UCUUCGUUCCCAGUGCGGCUCCGUGCGGCUAAAAAAAUGGAACAUGUGUAUACGCAUACAAAUAAAUGUCAAAUUCUUAUAUUCGCUUAUAAGCGAUAAAUCAUUCGCUGCUUCGAACAUGACACAAUUAAUGCGCUCGACGGUAUUAAAAAUUAAUAGCAUUAAAGUUCGCGAGACACGAAGUGCGCGAAACUCGUGCCGGAACUAACCUCGACGCGAUCGCGAGCGAGAUGGGAGUGGAAACGUGAUUUCGGAAAAAGUUCAUCGUUCGCCGGAAUUCGCGUUGAGAGCUGAAUGAGCGAGACGCGUGCUGGCUUUAUCUCGACUCGCGGAUGCGAUGUUCGUCAAGCUCGCUCGGUUUUGAUCUGAAAGCAAAGUAGCAAGUGACUAGGUCAUGCGGGUCAUUGAUAGUAUAAUGAUACACAUUAUCACAUGUCAGUUUUAAUUCCGAGCAUUUGGCUUUAUUGACAGGUAGACGCGUUACUAUCGUUGCUUUUGACUAACGAAACUUUGUGCAAAAUAUUGUUACGCUCGCGUGGGGAAAUGAGACAACGUUAAAUAGGAAACAACUUCAAUUAUAUAUUUGCUAUUUACAAGAAAGCACGCAGACUCGCUCUCUCGCUAAAAACCGUCGCGCACGUCACGACGACUCGACCGCCCCAGAGAAAAUCUCUCAAACCCGUUGUUUAUCCGUCAACGCUGAUCAUCUGUUGUUUACGACUCAUUGCCAAGAGAAUCAGCUGUACGUUCAGAGCUCGGGCAUCAAUACACGGGCGUAACAAUAUUAUCAAAUACAACUCUUCAACUACAAUAUUAUUGCAGAGAUCCCAGACGAGAUGUAUCAAAUCAUCCAGUAUUUAUCAGUUAGAUGAAGGUAUGCUACAACGGGUCAAUAUGGGAGGAAAUACCUACGAAGGUGUUCUCCCAUCCUAUCAUUCCAAUGGGGCUGGAAUGGAGGUGUGCCAAUGGUUGGCACACAUCAAAUUGUCUAGGAUAAUUCUUUUAACGUCUGUGGUUUUAUUUAUCGUGCCAUUAUUUACCCAUUAUUAUUUAUCCAAGGUAGAAAACGACGCUCCAGAUAGGGAUAUAUACAGAACAUUUUCAACACUGGAAGCUUUCGAGGACUUUACAUCUAUGAAAGCAUCGCAGCUAAAGAUGAGGAUAGAAGAGAUGCUACGCAUUAAGAUAUCAGUGAGCAACGAGCUGAGAGAUCUGAGCGCCAAGAGGCAGAGGCUGCAAGUGGAAGUUAACAGUCUGACCCAGAAGAUAGACGAAUUGAAGCAGGAAUUGCUGCAUCAACAGACAGAUCUCGACAGACUGAAGAUAAGCGUGGAACAGGCACAGGUAGCACAGAGAGAAGCGGUGGAAAGGAACACUCCGGAGUUGGCACCACCUAAGAGAAUAUUAAUCAAUAUCAUCCCGGUUGUAUUGCCGAGCACGGAUCCGCGGUCGUGCAGGAUGUACAAUUGUUUCGACCACAGUCGAUGCGCGUUGACGAGCGGUUUCCCCGUAUUCUUGUACGACCCGGACCAAUUCUCGGUGGUCAAUCCAGGUUGGGACGUGGAUGGCUUUCUGAAAACGACCAUCAAGCAAACAUUGGGAUACAACCCGCAUCUGACGAGGAAUCCAGCGGAGGCGUGCGUCUACAUAGUGUUAAUCGGCGAAGCGUUGAGCUCCCAGUCAAAGGGGGUCGAUCAUCGUUACGGGAAACCCGUGGACGUGAAGAAACUACACGCGCUUCCCUACUGGGGUGGAGACGGUAGAAACCACAUACUGCUGAACAUGGCGCGACGAGACCUGUCCGCGGAUUCAGGGAAUAUCUUCAACAAUCUAGACACCGGUAGAGCGAUCAUAGUGCAGUCGACGUUCUACCGAAAUCAGUUCCGCGUCGCUUUUGACCUGAUCGUCCCGCCGAUCCUGGGACCGCCCGGCGGAGACGUUUGGCAAGAGUGCGCACAGAUGCUACCCGCGAGGAGGAAGUACCUGCUGUCCUUCCAAGGGGAAAUGAGGACCUACAAGGGCACACCGAUGACGCACCAAAUCGACGACGCCGACAUGGAUCUCGAGAGACUAGCGGUGGACGACAACAAUAUCGAUGCGUUCAUCAUUCAGCAUCUGAAGGACAUGAGCAGCGGGCUGACUCUGGACAAAUUCUUCAUCCAAUUCGAGUGCAUACCCGCUUCUGUGGAGAGCAAACCCGUGGAGGCUCUCGAUUGGUCCCUCUGCGGCACCGACUCCUCCAGACGAGCCAUAUUGAAAGAAUCAACGUUCGCGCUCAUCUUGGCGCCCAGCAACGCCACGUUGCUCACCACUUCGUCCAUGCAGGCGAGGCUGUACGAGGCGUUGCGAUCCGGUUCGAUACCGGUGAUCCUCGGUGGCGAUCAGGUCUUACUCAAUUACAACGAGGUCAUCGCCUGGAGGAGGGCGGUCAUCUUUCUGCCCAAGGCCAGAGUAACCGAAAUGCACUUCCUGCUGCGUGCUGUCCCUGACAACGACCUCUUGACGAUGCGACGGCAAGGCAGGUUGAUAUGGGAACGUUACAUGAGCACCGCUCAAGGCGCGGUGGACACGAUCAUAGCCGUGGUCAGGGACAGACUCGGCAUACCGCCAUUGCCGGCGUCGCAAACGCUCAGUCCUAGUGUCUUCAAUGAAAGUUUUGUGCCUUUAAAGUCGGACACUAUCAUCGCGGAACCAGAGGCUGAGGAGAGCCUAGGUCCCUUGGAGCCGCCGUAUCCGUCUCCUGCUUUCAAGAGGAACUACACCACGCUGUUGAUUCAAGGUCAUGAGAUCUGGAACGAUUGGAUGGACCCGUUCAAUUUGUACCCGCAGUUACCUUUCGACACCAUCCUACCUAGUGACGCUAAGUUUCUCGGUUCAGAGGUUGGCUUUCGACCCAUCGGCAAAGGUGCCGGCGGUGCCGGGAAAGAGUUCAGUGAGUCAUUGGGAGGCAACUAUCCGAGAGAGCAAUUCACGAUCGUCAUGUUGACGUACGAGAGAGAACAAGUUCUUAUAAAUUCACUGGCACGUCUUUAUGGCUUGCCUUACUUGAACAAAGUACUUGUGGUGUGGAACAGCCCAAAGCCACCUGUAGAGGACCUCAAGUGGCCUGACAUUGGCGUUCCUAUACACGUUAUAAAGGCCCCGAGGAACAGUUUGAACAACAGAUUCCUGCCGUUCGAUGCGAUUGAGACAGAAGCCGUUCUUUCCGUUGACGAUGACGCUCACUUGAGGCACGAUGAGAUUAUGUUCGGUUUCAGAGUAUGGAGGGAACACCGAGAUCGCGUGGUAGGAUUUCCCGGCCGCUUUCACGCGUGGGAUCAAAAUUACCAUAACGCUUGGAACUAUAAUUCCAACUACUCCUGCGAACUCUCUAUGGUCUUAACCGGAGCCGCUUUCAUUCACAAACACUAUACAUAUCUGUAUACCCACUGGUUACCGCAAGCAAUAAGGGAUAAAGUCGACGAGUACAUGAACUGCGAAGACAUCGCCAUGAAUUUCUUAAUAUCUCACAUCACGAGGAAACCACCAGUUAAAGUGACUUCACGUUGGACGUUUAGAUGUCCGGGUUGUCCAGUCUCACUUUCCGAAGAUGAUACACAUUUUCAAGAGAGGCACAGAUGCAUCAACUUCUUUUCUCAGGUUUUUGGAUAUAUGCCAUUAUUGAAUACACAAUAUCGAGCGGAUUCGAUACUAUUUAAGACACGAAUACCACAUGACAAGCAAAAAUGCUUUAAGUUUACAUGAGAAAACAACCUAAUCGAAUUUUUAUGUAUUGGGAGUACAAAUUAGUUCGGUCCGUUUUCAAAAGAUGGCUCUGGCUGUAAUGAAUGUUUCAUAGUGACAGCU